AUGGGUGACAUCGAACGUCGACCACCGAUCUUCAUGGGAUCAUUCUUUCUUGGACAUCCUCGAUCUGAUUACAAACCUUACGAUCACAAAUCAGCUCUCACAGCUGCUGCCAAAGCUGGAACUUACACCGGGCUCGCAGGCUCAAUAGUUAGUGCUAUUCACCAUGGAGUCAUUUCUCCGGUCGAAGGUUACAAGGGUUACUUUGCAAACGUGACAAAAUUUACUGCUAUGGCUGCUGCGGUGGGAUUCACAUAUGGAGGCGUAUCUGAGACAGUGGCUGGAUUGCGAGAUGAGAAUGAUCCUUGGAAUGCAGCUGCUGGAGGCUGUGCUGCUGGUUUUAUUCUUGGUGUACGAGCUGGACACCUACCGAUGGCUCUUGGAAACUGUGCACUGUGGGGUACAGCCGCUGGAGGGUUCAAUUAUGCUGGUGCUACUCUUAUACCAGCUCAUAUUCGAUUAUCAAAAGCUGAGCAACAAGCAAUGCGACUUGAGAUUUUGGGAGAGCCCAAGAACCCUUUAUCUACGCAAUGA